UCCAGAAUCAAAAUGGUUGAAGCAGAUCGUCCCGGGAAGCUGUUCAUUGGGGGCCUGAACACAGAGACAAAUGAAAAAGCCCUUGAGGCUGUGUUCUGCAAAUAUGGACGCAUCGUGGAAGUCCUUUUGAUGAAGGAUCGUGAAACCAACAAGUCCAGAGGAUUUGCCUUUGUCACAUUUGAGAGUCCAGCAGAUGCAAAAGAUGCUGCCAGAGAUAUGAAUGGGAAGUCAUUAGAUGGGAAAGCAAUUAAAGUGGAACAAGCAACCAAGCCAUCCUUUGAAAGUGGUGGGAGGCGUGGGCCGCCACCCCCUCCACGAAGCAGAGGUCCUCCCAGGGGCCUUAGAGGUGGAAGAGGCGGCAGUGGCGCGAGAGGACCACCUUCAAGAGGGAGUCACUUGGUUGGUUCAUGGCUUACCCUUCUAGGAUCUUCUCGAGGACCACUUCCCAUGAAGAGAGGUCCACCUCCACGAAGUGGAGGCCCUCCACCUAAAAGAUCUGCACCUUCAGGACCAGUGCGUAGCAGUAGCAUGGGAGGAAGAGCUCCUGUGUCACGUGGAAGAGACAGUUAUGGUGGUCCUCCACGCAGAGAACCGAUGCCAUCACGAAGAGAUGUCUACAUGUCUCCAAGAGAUGAUGGCUACAGCACUAAAGACGGUUACUCAAGCAGAGAUUAUCCCAGCUCCAGGGAUACGCGGGACUAUGCACCACCUCCUCGAGACUAUGCCUACCGUGAUUAUGGUCACUCCAGUUCCCGUGAUGAAUACCCCUCUAGGGGAUAUAGUGAUCGUGAUGGAUACGGUGGUGGACGUGACAGAGACUACUCGGAUCAUCCAAGUGGAGGCUCCUACAGAGAUUCAUAUGAUAGUUAUGGUAACUCACGUAGUGCUCCACCUGCACGAGGGCCCCCGCCAUCUUAUGGUGGAAGCAGUCGCUAUGACGAUUACGGCAGCACACGAGAUGGAUAUGGAAGCCGAGAAAGUUACUCAAGCAGCAGAAGUGAUGUCUACUCAAGUGGCCGUGAUCGUGUUGGAAGACAAGACAGGGGUCUUCCCCCAUCCAUGGAAAGGGGCUAUCCACCUCCUCGUGAUUCUUACAGUAGUUCAAGCCGCGGAGCACCCAGAGGUGGUGGCCGUGGUGGAAGCAGAUCCGAUAGAGGUGGAGGCAGAAGCAGAUACUAAAAACACUCUUUAAACUUUUGGACCAAGACAAAUUAACUUCUCAAACAAAAAAGAAAAGUGGAAGUUGUUCUAUCUUUACUACCAGAGGACUACUAAAAGGAAAAUUGUUUUUACCUUUUUUUUAUUGUUGCCUGUUAAGUUUUCCCCUCCAUGACUUAUGCUUUUGUGAGGAAAAGUUAAACCCGUGUUUAAUUUCAUUUCAGAAUUGUUAACAUUUCUUUCAAAAAGCAGAUGUUAAAUGUAUGAAACUUGAGCUGUGUACUAGUGUUGUAAUUUUCAAAGUAAAGUUUCCCUGAAAUGCCACA